AUGACUGAUACUGAUUUGGAUAGUGUGUAUUCAAAGGUGUUAGUAACACAACGUGUUUUAGGUGUGCCAUCCCCUGCACCAGCAUCUGUACCGCAGCCAGCGCCUGCACCGUCGCUCCCUUCUGCACCACAAACAGAGCUGGCACCAGCACCGUCUUCACCACUUCCAGAAUCUAAUAGCGUCAUCGGUGGAGGAGGCGGAACUCCAUCACUUCCAUCCUAUCCGGAACCACUUCCCACUGUGAAAACACCUGAAUCACCUGUGAGAACAUCAGGAGCGGAAUCGCUACCUACACCAGCAGAAGAGCAUUACUCUGGAGAUAACACUGUAGGAGGUGGAGCUCCAGUAGCACCCGCCUCCUCUUCAUCUUACUCAGCCACUUCUACUGUGACAAAGGAGGAAACGAGUGAAUCGAACAACGUUCCUGCCUCCAGUAAUUCAAUAGGGAACGAAGAAGCCCCAUACUCCCCUUCUCAAAUACUCCCGGCAGCACCAAAUCCAACAGCAGCACCAGCUGUUGUAACAACCACAACACAGCAAGCGUUUGUACAGGAGCAGGGCGGUGGUUCAGCAGAGAGCAGCUACAGGGAUUCGAAUGAAGAUCGUUCAGAACCAGAUGCUCCCCUCGUCCCAGUCCCAGCACCCGCCAAAACGUAUACAGAAGUGAAACCCUCAAGUCAGCCUGAAAGUGUUAUCGAAACUUCUGUACACCCAGUGGAGCAGCAAAUCAGCAUAAAAAUGAUGCCAGUUGAGCACCACGAAGAAAAGGAAGACAUAGCUCCAGCUACAGCACCGGAGCAAGAGCUUCGGCCCGAGGCCAUCAUUCAUUCCAGCCACAACCACGCCACAUGCAUCUGA